UCAGCCAAGUGAAACAUUAUGACUUCACUUGCUUUAUUUUAUUUGCUCUACUCUGUUUUCAGCUCACUUUUCAGCAUCACCACUGCAGCUCCACCAGCAGCCUCAAAGUGCACUCUUCUAAACAGCUUGCAGCCAGGAUUUUUUGUCCAGGGUAACUAUGUCAUUGGUGGGAUUUUCCCCCUUCAUUUUAAUCUGAAAAUGCCAGACCUUAAUGGCACCUACAGACCACCACCAACAAAUUGCAAUGGACUUUAUCCCAGGGCUUUCCGGUGGGUUCAGACUAUGAGACUGGCAGUUGAGGAGAUAAACCAGAAUCCAGUGCUGUUGCCGAAUCACACUCUGGGCUACAAAAUCUAUGAUUCGUGUAGAUAUCCACUGACAGGACAGAGAGCUAUUUUAUCGAUGCUGAAUGGGGUGAAUGAGGAAAACUCUUCUAUGUGCACAAAUGCCUCGUCACUCCUCGCUGUGAUUGGGCCUUCUGGAUCUCCUCAGUCUAUUGUUGUGUCAAGAAUCUUGCAGCCAUUUAGGAUCCCAAUGAUCAGCUACGCUUCGACGUGUGCAUGUUUGUCAGACAGACAAAAAUAUCCGAACUUCUUCAGAGUAAUUCCUAGUGAUGAAUACCAGGUCAAAGCUAUUUCACAGCUGUUGGUGCACUUUAACUGGACUUGGGUGGGGCUGCUACGAGGAGACAAUGAUUACGGCCGCUUUGCUGCAAAAGGUUUACUGAGAGAAUUACAGGAAACCAAAGUAUGUGUCGCGUACCAAGAAAUUAUUCCUCUGCCCUACAAUCGCCAGGGGGGACUAAGGAUAAUGAAGGUGAUGCGUAGCUCAGCUGCAAAAGUGAUGGUGGUAUUUGCAGCUGAGAAGGAUAUGACACCUUUCUUGAGAGACUACAUGACUCAGAACGCCACUGGAAUCCAGUGGGUGGCAAGUGGAGUCUUGUUUACAUCAUCAGUCUAUUCAGGGAAAGAGUAUUACCCUUACUUGGGAGGAACCAUUGGGUUUGGCGUCAGAAAAGGUCAAAUCUCCAGACUGGGUGACUUCCUGCAGACACUGAAC